UUUUGGGAAACCUGCCUUGUUUACUGGGUGGAGCUGGAGGUUUGGCGGAUAUCUAUGAUUCUCCGGUAGCAAGGAAGGGGGCAGGGUUGCCUGAGCUAGCAAGGGGUCCACAAACCUUCCCUGAAUUUGUUCCUUUGCACUCUGGCAAUGUGACGACGGCUCUAGGGAAGACAGCAUUGUUGAACUGUAGAGUUAGGAACGUGAAUAACAAAACGGUUUCUUGGAUCCGUCAUAGAGAUAUUCUUCUGCUCGCUAUAGGAAGGUACACCUACACCUCAGACUACAGGUUCAAGGCAAUACAUAAACUCAUGUCAGAGGACUAUCUUCUCCAGAUUCGACCUGUCCAGAUGGAUGAUGCGGGUUUGUAUGAAUGUCAGGUUAGCUCUACUCCUCCUCUAUCCCACCAUAUCUAUCUAUCUGUAGCUGAACCCUACACGGAGAUAGUGGGUGGACCUGAGAUAUACCUGGAUGAAGGAAGCAUGAUGAAUAUAACCUGCCUAGUCAAGGAUAGUCCUGAACCUCCAAACUAUAUAUUCUGGUAUCAUAACGAUAAGUCCCUGACCUAUGAUUCUCCUCGUGGUGGAGUAAGCCAGAUAACUGAGAAAGGAGAUAUAACAGUAUCCUACCUACUGGUCCAGUCUGCUCGGCUCAGUGAUACUGGAACCUAUACCUGCCAACCCUCGGUAGGACUUCCAGCUGUAACAAACCUUCACGUUAUCAGAGGUAAAGACCCUGAAAAAUGGCUGACCAACUCUGCAAACGGAACUCAGUACUUUACCUAUUUUCUUCUUCUUACUUACGUACUUCUUGUACUUCUUGUCUCCAGAUCUUAAACCGGUUUUCUUGUAUUUGUAAACAACAAUUGUUAUAUUUAUAAUAAUCAUUAAAAUGUUGCACCUUUUGUAUCAGAAUAUAGAUUUAAGCACACUUGUUGUAAACCAUUGUUCGUAACAAAGGUUUGAAUUGUUUAAACCGUAUAUAUCAAAUGCAAUCAUAUUUUUUCAUUAGAUCUCUUAACUGAAGUGUUAUACAGGUUUUAUAUGUUUUAUUUAAUACAUCUGUUCUGAGCAUCAGAUAUAAUCUUUUCAAAAUAGACCUUGCAAAUUUGGCAAGAAAGCUGUUUUCUUUACAUAAAUAUGAAAUUAGAAUAAUACUUCUAUUUUGGUUCCUCUCCUACCCCUAGCAUUAUUUUGGUAAUUCUCCCUUUAACCCAAGUAAAAAUCUAGAUAGAAAACGUUAAAUAGAAAAAAUUAAUGAUCGGAAUUUAUUUAUUUAUUUAUUUAUUUUAAAAUUGCAUUUUUGAUCCAAGCUUGAUUGAACUUUUUGAUAAUUUUCCAUUAAUAAACCAGUUUUCAACGAGAACCAGAUUAAAAUGAUAAAAUUUUAAUUGUUAAUUCUAAUUAAAAAGUGCAUUUUUAACUUUCUUCGUAAAAACGUAUGAAGUAUUUUUUAAUUGUUUUUAUCAACAUUAUUUUCUACUAAUAUUAUUUAUAAUUUUAAUCAUACUUUAAACUACUUUAACAUCUCAAACAUUCGGCACAAAUUGGGAAUUGUUUAAUCCCGAUAUUUAAAUCAUAAAUAAUCCUUGAUUUUUUAUUUCAAAACUGAAAACUAUGUUUUUUACAUAAUUAAUUUAAUUUAUUAAUUAUGAAGACCAAACAUGCUCCAGUUUGCAUUAAAUCAAAUUAAGCAGAUUUUAACUCAAUUUUUUUUUCGAAAUUACCAGAAGGAAAAGUGACUUAUAUUCCUUUGGUAAAAAUAUUAAUAAUUUGAUUUGUUAGACUAUUUAUGACAAAGGAUAUUAGGAAAUUGUUUAUUUUUAGAUUUCAUACUUUGUUUUCGGUAUUUUUUAGUAAAAUCUUUAUUAAAUACAGGGUUGCUUUCAAUGGAUGAGACUAAAACGACGACCUAUAACGUAUUAAAAAUAACGAUAUUAAGGUAAAAUUUGGUAAUUUUCAUUAAAUAUAUUCUUUAAACUUUUAGCUUAAUAAUUUUGCAAAAAAAAUCCAAGUUCAAGUUGAAGGAAACAAAGAGUAAAUAAAAUUGUGCAAAAACGAUCCAAGUUCAAGUUGAAGGAAACAAAGAGUAAAAAAAAAUUGUGCAAAAAUUGCGUACAGUCGUCUUUGAAGUAUCAUCCUAUGUGGGUAACUCUGUCUAAAGAGACAAAUCUAUUUUUGAAAUUAAUAAAAAUUUAAGAUUAAAAAAGAUGAAUAUGUUUAUGGUUUAGGUAUUAAUUUUAAGAAAAAAGUCUGCAAAAUGAAUUUCGUUACUAUAAAAAGAAGGAUCUAUGAAAUAAAAGUGGUUUAUUUGGAUAAACCAAAGAAUUUCCUAAUAUUUAGGACAUUCCCGAAGCGGGAUCUUUUAUUUAAGGAAAAUCUUUGGUGGUAGUCAGUAUACUCUAGACACUAAAUAUUUAUCUAGAUAUUGGAUACUAUACACUACAGUGGUAGUCAGAUAACAGUAAAACGAAAGUCGUCUUCUUUACAAUCAUGAAUAAAGACGACUAGAAUAUCACUGUUUUCUGAUUACCACUGUAUGCAUCCCUGUUUCUGUUGUUAACAUAUAAUCAUCUAACCUAUCAAAUUGUACUAUAUUCAGUAAAUGUAUAAAUGUUAAUAUGUAAACUAUUUUGAAAUAAAAUCAACCUUUUUUAA